UUGACGUAUUAAUGGGCGUACAGUUGUGGGUGGACGAUCAUGGAUGGCAGGCUAUCGACGGAAAAUCAGCAGUUCGCGGUUACAAAUAUGCCAGGGACAUGCUCGAUGACCGAACCAAUUCAGGAUCGGCAAUAGUUAGUGAUGAGGAACGUCUCGUUGGUGGUGCGUCCAGGUCGAUGACCCAGGUCGUCGGUGACAUGUCGGUGUUUGCUAUAGUUUUGGAUUUAGCUUCGCUUCGAAGAUUACUCAUUGCCAUCUUUAUCCUGUUAUCGUUACCUUGUUAUCGAUGCUUGGAUCUAGGACAAUGCGCCAACGCUCUGGGCAUGGAGAGCGGUGAAAUCCCCAAUGAAGACAUCACGGCCAGCUCCAUGUAUGAUCCUAGUCUUGGGCCGAAGCAUGCGAGAUUACGACAGGACAAAGGAGGUGGUGCGUGGUGUCCAAAGAAUAUGGUAACGAAGGAAGGCAAGGAGUUUCUCGAAGUGAACCUUCAUAGUCCUCGCGUGCUUAUGUCGGUCAGAACUCAAGGUAGAUUCGGAAAUGGUCAUGGCGUUGAGUAUACAGAGGAAUACUUCGUCGAGUAUUGGCGCCCUGGGUUCAACAAGUGGGUGCGAUGGAGAAAUCGACGUGGCACUGAGCUUCUGGCGGGUAACAACAAUCCGUACACAGAGAAAGAACAGAUCUUCGAUCCCGCCAUUGUAGCAACGAAAAUCCGUUUCAUACCUUAUACCUCUCAUAUGCGCAUGGUGUGCAUGCGCGUCGAGCUUUAUGGUUGCCCAUGGAUCGAGGGUCUGGUCUCGUAUUCCAUGCCCCAAGGAAUAAAGAGGGGUUCGGAGGUUGACCUUUCCGAUAGAACAUACGAUGGCAGCGAGGAAGGAGGUUACCUCUCCGGGGGACUUGGUCAACUUGUCGACGGCCAGAAAGGUCCUGACAACUUCAGAUUGGACAUCAGCGGGAACGGGAAAGGAUACGAAUGGGUCGGAUGGAAGAACGACACGCCAAAUAUGUUGGGCAAACCAGUUGAGAUAACGUUUGAGUUCGAUUACUCAAGAAACUUCACUGCCAUACACCUGCACAUGAACAAUUAUUUCACUAAGGACGUACAGGUAUUCUCCUACGCGAAGGUUUAUCUCGGCGUCGGUGGAAACCAGUUUAACGGGGAACCUGUCCAUUUCUCUUACAUACCAGACUUGGUGUUGGAGCAAGCCCGCGAGGUUACUAUAAAGCUUCACUCGCGUGCCGCUCGCUUUCUCAAGCUUCAACUAUAUUUCGCGGCACGGUGGAUCAUGCUCAGCGAAGUAAUCUUCGAAUCAGUUCUUUCGGAAUGGAACAACACUGACGACGAGGAAGCAAAGAACAAAAGUUCCAUUGUACUAGCGACUGGCAGCCCCUAUCAGAAUAACGAGGGUCCGUUGCAAAGGGACGAAGUGAAGGCCACUUUUAAUAAGGAGGAAAACAACGAUAACGCCUUUCCAGAUAAGAAACAAGAGCCUGAGACAAAACAGUUUGUCGGUUUGGUCAUUGGAUUAUUAACAACGGUGAUCAUAAUGCUACUUGCCGCCAUCAUGUUUAUAUUCUAUCGAAAUCGUAGAUUGAAGGCUGCUCUUGCACCGCCAACAUUUUACGAUCAACAAGCCGAUCUCAAGGUUUCAGUACAGGAAGAGAGCGAGGACAAGGGACCAAUUUGCCCCCCUCUACCGGCCCAAUAUCAUCCCUCUGCCUAUAAUACGACGACACAGCUUCAUGAAACCAUCGGCAAUUAUACAGGUGUUACCGAGGUGCAACCAGUCGUUCCACUCUUACUGAAUACACCGAUCGAGCAACUUACCAGACCAAUCCCAACGGUUCAAGAAUAUCCAGCCAAUAAUCCUCCACCUAUACCACCCCCACCGGAAAAGUAUUAUGCCAGUACAGAGAUCUGUAAGAGCCCUUUACCACCUUUACCACCUUCCCCAACGCCAAGCACACCGGCAGCUAUGAGUGCGAAAGCGUCGAGUAGCCUGACGAGUUACAGUGCUGAGGACACACUUACCGAGGAAGAGGAUGAAACGGCAGAGUGCAUCCUGGACUUCCCACGGGAGAAGCUCAACAUAGUCGAGAAUCUCGGAUGUGGAUACUUCGGUGACGUACAUCUUUGCGAGGUCGACAGGUUUCCCGGAUACGAUGACGUCUUCAGGAACACCGACAGCGACCUAGUCGUCGUUAAAUCUUUGAAGCCAGGAUCGUCAAAUGCUCUUAGGAUAGAAUUUCAACAGGAGGCAAAGAGAUUGGCACGUCUGAAUGAUCGGAACGUUGGCCGGUUACUUGGUGCCAGUCUUGAGAACGAUCCCAUGUGUAUCGUAUUGGAAAAUGGCGCGUAUGGGGAUUUGAAUCAGUAUCUCCAAAGUCACAUAGCCGAAACUUCAACCGUGCACACUGCCAAGACACUAAGUUUCGGCACGUUGGUUUACAUGGCCACACAAAUAGCAUCUGGCAUGAAGUACUUGGAGGAAAUGGACUUCGUGCAUCGGGAUCUAGCCACAAGGAAUUGUCUGGUAUGUCAAAAUUAUACCAUCAAGAUAUCCGAUUUAGGUUCAGGAAGGAGCGCAUACGCUGCUGAUUAUUUCCGAAUCGAAGGUCGGCCACCGUUACCCAUAAGAUGGAUGGCUUGGGAAUCCAUGUUAAUGGGAAGGCACACGUCGAAGAGCGACGUCUGGGCGUUCGCCGUCACGCUCUGGGAAAUUUUAACCUUUGCCAGGGAGCAACCCUUUGAAGAACUUCCGGAUCAUCGGGUGGUCGAGAACGCGACGUAUUUUUACCAAGAGGACGAGAGACGAAUGAUACUUCCACUUCCGAAGAACUGUCCUAAGGAGAUCUACGAGCUGAUGCGUGAAUGUUGGCAACGUAAUGACGUAGAUCGGCCAAACUUCCGUGAGAUACAUCUAUUCCUACAAAGAAAAAAUCUUGGUUACAAGCCGAACACAUCCAACGACACUUGAUAUCGAGAAUUGGAAGGCUGGAACCUGAUCCGGCUUUCUAUGAUUGGCGAGCUCAACGGAAAUUGGUGGAACUGUCCCUCAUCGACCAACUUAGAACAAAUCGGUCCGAGUUAGUAGCCGAAUUAAAAAGAGAGAGAGAAAGGCAGUGAGAAAGACAGAGACAGAAAGAGAGAGAGAGAGAGAGAGAGAGAGAGAGAGAGAGAGAAAGAGAGUGUUUGGUGAAGGAUGCUUUAGGUUUAACGAGCCGUGAAUCGGCCCUUCCGGUAACGGCCUUCUAAUUGCAAAAACUUGUAGGCUUUCACGGUCUAAGGGCUAAUCGAGGGAAAACAAAAAAAAAAGAAAAAAGAAAAAGAAAGAAAGAAAGGAAAUAAAACAGGUGACGGAAAAAAAAACGUAACGUAAUUACUUUUACCGUUCUCUAUUGAAUUAUUGCCAAUUGGAAGUCCCAAAAUUUAUGAUAUAUAUAUAUAUAUAAACGUUGAGAAGGGAUCAGAUGAAAGGAAUAUAAUCUCAAGUGAAAAAGUAAAAGACGAAGAACGAAUGU